AGAACAUUAAGAUGUUUAUUAUUUUAGCACCUGUAUUAUUUUAACUGAUCUCUACUGUAUAUUAUGUAAUCAGUUACUAUAUCCAGGAAUAGGCCGACUUAAAUUAGUCAGCGACAUUGCGGUCAUGUGAGAGGGUGGAGCUGUUAGGAUGAACGUAUAUCAGCUAUUCUUGGUGACAAUCUAGAUGUGAAAGGGUAUGAACACCAACAUGCAUGUCAUAGAAAGGAGAAGGAUCAUCUCUGAGUCGGUCUUCAGUCUGCGUGGAAAAUCUACUCUGGUAUUCAUGUUUUUGCUGUUUGGACAAGUUUCAUCUGAACAUGUAGUCACUGGCAUUAUAGGAGAAUCUGUUCUGUUACCCUGUGACCUGAAUUUAUCCAUCAACCCAGCAAGACUCCGGUUCCACUGGCAAGAUCAUUCAGACGUUGUGUUGUACUCAUUCAAUGCAAGAGUUGAGCAAGAAUAUCAGAAUAAACUUUACACAAACAGGACUAACGCCUUUCAGGUUGAAAUGAGUUCUGGAAAUAUUUCUAUCGAACUCAGGCAAGUAACACCUCAAGACAACCAGAGAACCUACUGGGCUUUCGCGUUGCUGUUCGACAGAAAUGAUCAACCUAUCCAUUUCACCAAAGUGUGUCAGACUACUCUGCUUGUCGCAGCACGGUUUCCGACACCCAAAUUGACUGUAAAGAACAAAGUGAUGAAUGCAAUGUGUUUGACCCAGGGAGGCUACCCCAAACCAAAAGUCACAUGGACUAUCCAGGACCUCUCUCAGCCUCAGAACGGUACUCUGGAACCCAGGGAAGUACAGACCAACUUUACACUUGAUCCUGAAAGUGGACUGUACACUGUCUGGAGCCAAGUGAAUUUCACAGAGAAUUACAUAGAUAAUCAUUCUGUGACCUGCCAGGUGUUCAACCCCAUUCUGAGAGAGACUGUGAGCAACACAACCAUCAUCCGCACAAGUGAAGGCCUUUCUCUCAGUGCUAUUGUAGGCAUCACACUAUUGAUGCUGAUUUGCGUCGGGGGAAUCAUUUUUGUUUACAAACAAAGUUGUGGAACCAGUGGAGUUGCAGGAUCCAGCGAGGGUGCCGCGGGAGGUGUUGAGGAGGACGGCAAUCUGAUGUCUUCCACAACAAGCCAGGCUUUGGGCAAUUGUAGUGUUGUUCAAGGUGCUGGAGCUACAGCAAUCAAUAGUGGUAAAGCAACAGUUGACAACACUAAUGGUGCUGCCACAGAAGGUGUUACUGAACCAGUGGAUGUCAUGACUGGCCUGGUCGGGUUACCGUGGACCACAAUCCUACAGGGACAUCUCUCACACCCACCAGAGGGGAGAGAUCGAGAGGUAUGGAGGCGCUUUUUUUUUAAUGACACCUCGCACGCAUUGUAAAUCUUAAGCAGUAGACAAAAUCAUUUUGUCGCAGAGUGUGGAGGAAUGGAAUGUAUGAUGGGACUAUGGAGAGCCUACCUCAGACUUUGGGACAAUCUGUUUCGUCAGCCAAAAUGGUGGUACAGUGGUUGCUCCACUAAAAGUUUUUGCAAUUAUGCUGCGGGAUUAGAGGUAAUUUAUGGUUUAGUAUGGUACCCUGCGUCACUACUUCAUUGCUCCAGACCAGCACAAGGGGGAGUUAGAGCACUGAUUAUGCUUUUGGGUCCCAAUGCUGGUUCAAUACCCGUGCCGGCCUCAACUGGGAGAUCCAUGAGAUGACUAGGUUUUGGGAUUCUCAUUAAUAAAUCAUUCUAAAUAAUAAUCAUUAUUCAAAUAAUUAUUAUCAUUAUUAUUAUGUAUCAGAUCCGACCGUGAUAGGGAGUCCCAUAAGACUUAGAGCGUUUCUCUCCCUCUAAAAACAUAAAUAAAUGUUUUGGCCUUUACAAAUAUUAUUUUGUCCUUUAUUCAGAUUACAAUCACUUAUUUUAGUUUUUUUGUAAACGAAAUAACCUCAAAAAUAUCAUUAUAUAUUAUCAAGUUGAUGGCACAGUCAUAGAGCCAGCACCUAACAUAAAGCUGAGUGACUCACUCAUUCAUGGCUUUGGAUCAAAAUAAAUAAGUUCCAACAUUCUUUCUGAUAGUCUUUAAUAAAGAAAUGUUUUGGUUCUCCUGACCUGGACACCAUGUACAGUAUUAUAACAGCCCUCCUGAUUGGCACAGCGGUCUAAGAUGCUACAUCGCAGUGCAAAAUGAAUUGCUACAGAUGUAGGUUUGAUACCCGUGCCGGAAGACCCAUAUGUAAUUAUCGACGAUCAUAUUUUUUGAUAUACUGUAGGCCUACAGUAGGCGACAUGAGACUCACUAGUGUUGAGUAAUGUGCUGUUAGAAGUGGUGUGGGUCUUAUUUAUUUAAAGAGCAUAUUGCAGUUACAAGCAAUAGGAUUUGAAGCAAUAGCCUACAACUAUUUUAGCACUGUUUCACGCUGCUCUGAGACAAGCACGGGGACUGAUCUUGAUAAAUCAAUGAGAUUUACACUGAAUCUCCGUUUGGGUAUUCGUUAAACUACAAUUAUACAAUAAAGGUGGAGAAAUGUUUUGCUCUUAGUGCAGCAGUCAGUUCAGAACGAAUUCUUAUUUACAAAGACGGCCUACUCCUUCCCCCACAUCGGGGGAAUUGAACCCCGGUCUCCCACGUACCUGCACAACAAGGGGAUUAUUUUGCUAAAUAGCCCAGUACUGUAGCCUACUCACGACCGUCACGUUGUACAGCGUCAUAUUUUCCGUUCCAUCCAAACGGAAAGCCAAAGUUUUUUUUUUUCUUGGAAUAGAAACACUAUAAUAUUAAUCAAAUGAAUUAAGCAAAAUGCCUUAAAAUUAGUCCCAUAUACAAUGUUCCUACAACAAGAUUUUAAAUUCUCUAGUACAUCACUAUUGAAGGCUAUCAAAUGUUUCUCAAAGAUUCCCUCUGGUGGUCAAACUAGCACUAACUAGCUUUAAUGGUUAUGAUGGCUGCCACUUAGAUAACGUGCCAAAUUACAAACCACUGUAAUGACGAUAGAUGGAAUUUUAAAAACAACAUUAAUUUUCAAAGUUAAAUGAUGACAUUGUAACAAAACAUUGUAACUUGAAGAGUUUUCAUAAUAUGUACCUGAUGUUUGUAUACUGUACUUUGUGUGAAAAAUGUCCAGAUCAAAGAGAAUGUUUUAGUUGUUAGUUGUCUAAAUUGGAUCUGAGUAAAAUCCAGACCUUGCCUCGUAACAAGUGGCGCCUAGAGAACUUGCCAUGAAGACGGAAAUGCCCCUUUCUGACCUGAGGGUAUAAAAAUUAAGAAUUAACAUAUCAGACUAGGUGACCACGAGCUGCAGCCAAGGUCUGAUCAGUUGUAACCCCAAAAUGCAACACGAGGUUGAAGACAAAGAAACCUUUUAAAAAUCUAUGCUACGAAUGAGGGUGAAUUCAAGCAGGACCACCCGGUUACCACUCUCAAAGGAAUUGUGUCUACACUGCUUUCAUUCCUACGCUGGAGCCCUGAACUACAUGGCUGACCAUACUCAGAAGACCCCUUUUCAGAACAAGGGCUAGGAAACAGACCACUAAGAGAAAAGACACUGACAUCGUGUGGACAAUCAGAGAGUUACACCCGGUAACCAAAGAAGUGUGGUCAUCAGAGGAGAAGGCGAAUCCGGUCUACAAAGAUACCCCAUCAGAGACAUUCGACAAGUAAUUACAUCAGUAUAUUCUGACCCAUAAGAGCGGCAGUUUGGGGCAAGGUGUUAGGGCUAAAAUAAGCAUAGUUUACAAAUGUAUCCAAGUGUACUUUUCUCUCAUGCACUCUCUUUUUUAAAAUCCCCAUUGUGUGUAACAUGUGUGAUAGUGUUGGCCCGCUAAGAACCUGUUUCAUUGUACUAAGUUCUAAUCAAUAGCCCAGACUGUGUGUGUGUAUCUUAUAUUAUCAUUUUAGCUUGUUAGUAAAUAAUCAACUCAAUUGGUGUGGUACUGACUUAUUUAGUGGGUUUGUGCAGAUUCACAGUUUCUGUGUUAUUUGAUUGUUGUUACCGCUGGAGGGCACCCUUAUCCUGGUUUCUAGUUUCCAAGUUACCCUUAUUAUUACUUAUUGGAUUCACCUGUGUUUAAUUACCUCCUCUGUUCACCUGGUUGCCUUGUUAUUUAGGUUCCUCAGCUGGCAUGGAUCUUUGCUUAGGUCUCAUGUUUUUAUUAGUGGGCACUUAUGCGGUUGUCUUGUUUCUGUUAAGACUAAGUAAAAGUUCUGGAUUUACCCUUA